UGAUUUAAGAUUUGAUUUCAAAGGAAGGAAAGAUAAUGAAUUCUAACAACUGGCUUGCUUUUCCUCUAUCACCAAGCCACUCUUCUUUGCCUCCUCACAUCCACUCACAAACCUCUCAAUUCAAUCUCGGCUUGGUCAGCGACAAUAUUGACAACCCUUUUCAAAACCAAGAAUGGAAUAUGAUCAAUCCACACGGUGGAGGCGGAGAAGGAGGAGAGAUUCCAAAAGUGGCUGAUUUCUUGGGAGUUAGCAAGUCGGACAAUCAUCAAGCCGACCACAACCUCGUACCGUAUAACGACAUUCAUCAAACCAGUGACUCAGAUUACUACUUCCAAACAAAUAGUCUGUUACCUACCGUUGUCACUUGUGCCUCCAACACUCCUAAUAACUAUGAGCUUCAAGAGAGUGCCCACAAUUUGCAAUCACUCACCCUUUCAAUGGGAAGUGCCGGAGCCACCGCUGCUGGAGCGGCUGCCGUUAAAGCCUCGCCUGGUGAGACUAGCGUGGAUAAUAGUUGCAGCUCUACUAAUAUAAGUGGGAUAGCCAUCGUUGAAGCUGCGCCGAGACGGACCUUGGAAACUUUUGGACAACGAACCUCUAUAUAUCGUGGUGUUACAAGACAUAGAUGGACCGGUAGAUAUGAAGCGCAUCUUUGGGAUAAUACCUGUAGAAGAGAAGGACAAUCAAGGAAAGGAAGACAAGUCUACUUAGGUGGGUAUGACAAAGAAGAGAAAGCAGCAAGAGCAUAUGAUUUAGCUGCACUUAAAUAUUGGGGCCCCUCUACUACUACCAACUUUCCGAUUACUAACUAUGAGAAGGAAGUUGAGGAGAUGAAAAAUAUGACGAGACAAGAGUUUGUGGCUGCUAUUAGAAGGAAAAGUAGCGGAUUCUCGCGUGGUGCAUCGAUGUAUCGCGGAGUAACAAGGCAUCAUCAACAUGGAAGAUGGCAAGCAAGGAUUGGCCGAGUUGCUGGAAACAAAGAUCUCUACUUGGGAACUUUCACCACAGAAGAGGAAGCGGCUGAAGCAUACGACAUAGCUGCAAUAAAGUUUCGAGGUCUGAACGCGGUUACAAACUUUGAGAUUAACCGCUACGAUGUAAAAGCUAUCCUAGAGAGCAACACACUUCCUAUAGGAGGUGGUGCAGCUAAACGGCUCAAAGAAGCUCAAGCUCUAGAAUCAUCAAGAAAACGCGAGGAAAUGAUAGCCCUCAGCUCAAAUUUUCAUCAGUAUGGUGCAGCGAGCGGCUCUAGCUCUGGGCUUCAGCUUCAACCUUACCCACUAAGCAUUCAACAACCUUUUGAGCAUCUUCAUCACCAGCCUCUACUUACCCUGCAGAACAACAACGAUGUCUCACAUUAUAAUACUAACCCUCAGGAUUCCUAUAGUUACAUCCAGACACAGCUUCAUCUUCAUCAGCAACAAACCAACAAUUACUUGCAGUCCUCUAGUCAUAGCUCCCAACUCUACAAUGCUUAUCUUCAGAGUAACCCUGGUUUGCUUCACGGAUUUGUCUCUGAUAAUAAUAGCAACACUUCAGAAGUUUAUGGAAACAAUGGGAUUGGUAUUGGGUCAACCUCCGCAGUAGGAACAUCGGCUGAGGAAGAGUUUCCCACGGUUAAAGUUGAUUACGAUAUGCCUCCUUCAGGUGGUGCCACAGGGUACGGAGGAUGGAGUACUGGAGAGCAUGGUCAGGGGUCAAAUCCAGGAGGUGUCUUUACAAUGUGGAAUGAAUAACAGGUUGUUUUUCUGUCUUUCUUGCGAGGCAAGGUAUGACUCUGAAUGAUAGUUAUCGUUUUCUUGUAUCACAAUUAGUUUAGAAUCGGCGGAGUCUUCUUGAUUAGCAGAGGAUUUAGGACUUUUUUCCACUUUUGGACGGCUAAGAUGAUGAACUUCUAGACGGCGAUUAACAGUCCUCAAGGGUUAGUGUUUUAUGGGUGCUUAAACAAUAUGGAUAAGUGCCCAAAUUUUGUUUUAAAAACUAACCCUUCUGACUAAUUUCUCA